AUGGGCGGGCCGCCCGGCCGCCACCCGAGCGGGCCGCCGUGGCUGUGGCCAGCCCGCACCUUCGCUGCAGGCCCCAGGGUCCUUCCUCGGUGGCAGCGCGGGCGGGCUGCCCGGCCGCCGCCAAAGCGGGCCGGCGUGGCCGUGGCCAGCCCGCGCCUUCACUUCAGGCCCCGGGGGCCUUCCUCGGUGGCGGCACGGGGCGGGCUGCCCAGCCGCUGGCUGGGUGGGCCGGCGCGGCUGCGGCUGGCCUGUGCCCCUGGCUCAGGCCCCGGGGGCCUUCCUCGGCAGCGGUGCAGGCAGGCGGCCCGGCCACUGCCUGAGCAUGCCGCCGCAGCCGUGGCUGGCCCGCGCCUUUGUCCCCGGGGACCCUUCCGUGGUGACGGCGUGGGCAGGCGGCCCGGCUGCCACCCGAGCGGGCAGCCAUGGCUGCGGGUGGCCCAUGCCUUUGUCCUCCAGGGGCCCUUCCUUGUUGGCAGCACAGGCGGGAGGCCUGGCCGCCACCCGAGCAGGCUGCCACGGCCACGGGCGGCCCACACCUUUGCUGCGGGCCCCGGGAUCCCUCUUCGGUGGCGGCGCGGGGGCGGGCUGCCCGGCCGCCGCUGGGGUGGGCCGGCGCAGCGGUGCCCGGCCCGCAAUGGGGCUCAGACCCCCUGGGGGGCCUUCCCAGUGGUAGCGGCAUGGGGGGGCUGCCCGGGUGCUGCCCAGUGGCUGCCUGAGUGGGCCUGCGAGGCCACCGCCAGCCCGCAGCGAGACCCAGGCUUUCCUGGGCGGCGGCACGGCAUUGGUCACGGCCCCAGGCCGGGGCCUGCUGCGGCAAGGUAG